ACUAGACAUUAAGCAUGGCCACUGUGGAGCUCUCGCAGCACUCGCAGCACGAAUACAAAGGUUUUUCUUUUGGGCCUCGCAACGCGCGCCACCGUGCUCCCGGGCCGUCGGUAUUUGAAGCUUUUAAGGGAACCCUAACCCUGGGAAGGUGCUGCGACAGCCUUGAUUCAAAAAUAGCCACAAUGCCGGACUAUCACCGGCAAAAAUUUUGAACAAUGGAAACAAUGGGUGGCAACGUUAACGUCAACGGGCUUGUACUUAUUGUUCUCGCUUCGCAGCCUGAGCAUAUAUAAAGCGUAAUGUCUGCCAGCGUGCUCUUCAACCUCUUUGGCUUACGACCGCCUCGACUUUCUUUCUUUCCUUCCAACGAGCCCGGUGCUCCAGACGACUUACGAUCUCUCCAUCCGUUUAAAUUCUUUCAAUAAUGGCUGCUCGUUCAUCUUCUUUCGUCCUUCUUGCCACCCUUGCUUGCCGUCUAGCAUCGGUUGGUGCUGCACCCACAGGUUUUGGAUUCUUGUCAGUUAGAGCAGACUCCAAUUCGACCUCAAGUUCUUCAUCUUCUUCGAGCUUUGCCGGCGCCAAUGGCCUCAAAGCGCAACAGCUGAACGCCCAAUUUUCAUCUCUUUCUGCCAAUGACUCUUGCACUACUGGCGAUCAGGCUUGCGUUGCAGGUGGAUUCGCUCAAUGUGUCGGAGGAGCGUGGGAGGUUACCGAGUGCUCUAGCGGCACAUCGUGCUUCGCUCUUCCCCUUGUCAACUCCGCGGGAACAAGUUUAUCUUGUGAUAGUGAAUCUGACGCGUUAGCGCGUAUCGAGGCCACUGGAGUUUCGGGCGGUAUUGACGGGUCGAACUCGACUACUUCCUCUGGUUCCAAUUCAGCCGUGUCCUCCGCAUCAGCCGCUGCUUCUUCCACCAAGACAGCAGCAGCUACCUCUGCCGCGGCUUCUGCUUCUGCCACGUCCAGUGCCAGCACUGAUGACGGUGAUGAUUCAGAUGAUGGAGACCUCGGGUGUGACGACGGUGAGGAUGAUGGUACAGAUGAUACCACCGCGGACGCGUCUGCUUCUACAGUUGCUGCUUCUCUAACUGAAACAGGAGUAGCUGCUUCCACUUCGGCCGUGGCUGCAUCUGCCAGCGCCGCCUCAGCGUCCGAUGCUGUAUCCGCAUUGAACAAUGACGCAGUAGCAUCGUCCUCAACCAUAAUCCUCAAAGCGGCUUCCGCUACUCCUACCUUCAACCGUCGACAACUCGAGACCUCUCUCAGCAGCGCUUCUGUAUCCACUACCUCUGCUACCGCAUCAGGUGCAACUGGUGCAUCAGCCGCCUCUGUGUCGGCCACCUGAUAGUGCCUCGGUCUCGGGCGCCAGCGUGGCUGUUUCGGCAGCUAGCAGCUCUGCGACAAUUACCUUCCGCUGCUGUUUCCACGCCUGCUUCCCACAGUAACUGCGCCCAGCACAUCGACCACGACCGGUGCCGAUGGUGUCGUGACAGUCAAUGUCGUCUCUGUAGUGACGAUGUUGGUGAUGACGGACUUUGCCUUC